AUGGACGAUGGAAUGCGGCAAUACUCGCAGAAGAGAAACCUGGCCAAAGAGCGAGACUGUGGUGAGCAAGAUGUGAGGGAUGCUUUCGAGAGAUGGGUUCUGUCCGACAAGGCCCGUAAACGGCUCAAGCAGCCAUUCUUUGCCCGUGAAGACUCAGAUCCUCAAUACCCCUCUGACUCGGUGCAAUUUUCGCGUCUGAAGGAGGGCCGUGUCCACGAUAAUGCUCAAGAGGAGGGGCCCGUGUACGAGAAGGUUGAUGGAGUCGUUAUGGACACCCGUCCAGGGGAUCCGGCCGGCACGUAUGCAAUGGAACAGACACUCCCGGAGAUCGAGGCGCAUGACAUUUGCGAGAUUCAAGACAGGUCGACAAACAGGUCCGCUGGCUCGUCACCAGCUGAAGAUUUCCAGGCAACCCUUUCGUCUUCGUCGACCGAUUCCAGCAGGGAGAGCAGUGGAGCAAGCCCUCAGGUUUGGUCCGGAAGCUCAGGGUCAGAAUCCACAAUAUCAACCGAUACCGGCGUUUUGAAGCCCUACCAGCACAUUUCGAAAGAAUUCAUGCCAUCUCCUAUGGGUGAAUGCGAAGAUGACAGCCAGCAUAACAGGAGCUCACGGGGUACAUGUGCUCCUGGUAUUUCAGAGCUAGACAGCGGACAAACCCCCUGGGCCGAGCUGCAAUCUGCUGAGCCAGUGACUGUACAGCCAUCACCGUUGAGGGUCAUUGUUGAACAGGAGCGGAGUAGCGUCACCAACAGUCGGGUUUCGAAUCCUGCGCCAGCCCCCAUUGUCAAAGGAGUCUCAGAAGGGGAUAUUAUGGGUCAUCCGCCUGGAGCUUCAGUAACGGCUAAGAAAGAAAAUGAGCCUCCUACGAAUUUCAGUGCUCAGGACGCCACCUCCCACGGCCACCUUGACUCGCCGCCGAGGGUGGUCGGUGCCGCCGGAAUCGGAGGUGACGGGAACAUCUAUGAACUCGAGGCGGCGGCACCGGUCAAAUCCGGCAGAAAUGGUACCGGGUUUUCCACGACUCAUGAUGACCAUGACGGUACGGUUGAUGAGCCGAAUGUCCUCACUAAGCUGGAGCAUGGCAUCUCCAGAGCAGCGCAUGCCGUCCAUCUUAAAGUGAAGAAAAACGUCACAUUCAGCCCCGUGGAUGAUGUGAGGUUCAUGACGCCGUCACCAUAUCGCUCCUCAAUGGACAACACCAGCGCUGCAGAGGUUGACCACAAGCGGCGAGACUAUGUGAACCCAUGA